CCUCCUCCUCCUCCUCCACCCUCCCCUCCCCUACCCUCCCCCCGCCGACCUUUCUUCUCGGCUUUCUCCAUCGGUCAUUUACGAUCACCGAAGAAGAGGAAACCAGGAACACAGGAGUUUCGGUCCUUUCGGUGAUCGCACGUUUAAACGUGUUAAAAUUUAACAGGCGGCGAAGAUGUCGUCGAGCUUCUUCCACCGUUAUUGAUAUCGACGAUGGAUGCCAUGGCGACUGAUCUUUGCGCGAACGGCACUUUGAAAACGACAUCAGGCAGCGUCGUAGAUAACAUUAUGAGGCAACGCAAGUCCGCCGGUGCAUUGGAUGCCACGGCGCCGAUACCGUCGGAGAAGGAGCAGCUAAAGUUUCAAGAUAACAGAUUCCUCACGACUUUGGUACUCGGUAGGAGUAGAAAGAUCUCACCGGACGUAUUGCCAUCCUGCCCUUCUGGAAUAUUUCGGCAAAGAUCCCUUCGUUCGACGACUCCUACUAAGUUAUCUACGUCGACGGCGACAAAAAGUGACGGAGAUCGUGAAGAAGCGUUGCAGGCAACGCCAAACGAUCGACAAAACUCUACGCGAGUCUUUUCGACCGUUUUAUCGAGCGUUCUUUCGAGUGGUAUACGAGAGAAAAGUAACGUUCUAAACAACAACAACAAUCAGAGCAACAACAAUAACAACAACAACAACAAUAACAACAACAACAACAACAACAAAAAAAACGGUAAUAGUAAGAAGAGCAGUGUGGUCGGUGGUGGAGGCGGCAGCGGUGGCCUCAGAGGUCAGGCGGCGCGUGCCAUACGAGCCGGCGGUGGUGGCGAUAGCGGAGGUGAGAGCGGAGGCGGCGCCUCGUUACUCGCAAGGGGCGCCAGAGCUGCCAGUAAGCACGCGCGCCUUGGCACGGCACUGGCUAACAAAAUGGCGUCUGCGAGCUCAACCGCGGUCGUGCAAGGCUGGCCAAACACCAAGGACGACUACGAGCUUAAAGAGGUUAUCGGUGUUGGAGCCACUGCAGUAGUACACGCAGCAUUUUGUAUUCCACGCCAAGAAAAAUGUGCUAUAAAGAGAAUAAAUUUAGAAAAAUGGAAUACCAGUAUGGACGAGUUAUUGAAAGAGAUACAAGCAAUGUCUUCUUGCAAUCACGAAAAUGUUGUAACUUAUUAUACAUCAUUUGUCGUAAAAGAAGAACUUUGGCUUGUUCUAAGACUACUAGAGGGUGGAUCUCUGUUAGAUAUAAUCAAACAUAAAACUAGAACCACCAACUGCAAGCAUGGAGUAUUCGACGAAGCUACGAUAGCUACCGUACUUCGAGAAGUCCUGAAAGGUCUUGAAUAUUUUCACAGCAAUGGUCAAAUCCACAGGGACAUAAAAGCGGGUAAUAUCCUACUAGGAGAAGAUGGUACUGUACAGAUCGCUGAUUUUGGUGUCAGUGCUUGGCUCGCUACAGGAAGAGAUCUAAGCAGACAAAAAGUUAGGCAUACUUUUGUUGGAACGCCAUGUUGGAUGGCACCUGAGGUCAUGGAGCAGGUGAGAGAGGACCAUGGCUAUGAUUUUAAAGCAGACAUUUGGUCGCUCGGUAUCACUGCUAUCGAAAUGGCAAGCGGUACCGCUCCUUACCACAAGUAUCCACCGAUGAAGGUAUUGAUGCUCACUUUACAAAACGAUCCACCUACCUUAGACACAGCGGCGGAUGAUAAAGAUCAGUAUAAAGCUUAUGGUAAAACAUUCCGUAAAAUGAUCGUCGAUUGUUUGCAAAAGGAUCCAACUAAGAGACCAACUGCUACAGAACUUUUGAAACAUCCCUUUUUCAAAAAAGCUAAAGACAAGAAAUAUUUGCAACAAACGUUAGUUGCUAUAGGACCGAGUCUUGAGACUAGAGUACAGAAGGCAUCGAAGAGGCAGCCGGGUACAUCGGGUCGUUUACACAGAACGGUAACAGGGGAAUGGGUUUGGUCUUCGGAAGAGGAGGAUAGUGCGUCUAGCGGUGAAGAGGGCAAAGAAGCAUUACCAGUUAAUACAAUAGAGAAUGCGAGUAGCGAAGAAGAUCUUGAACAAGACGAAUUUUACUCUCAAGUCAAAUCGACGCAAAGUCACCCUGUUAUACAAUCUGCCGAACAAAAUGUUCCUAUAAAUCUGGUGUUACGACUACGUAAUCAGAAACGUGAACUAAACGACAUCAGAUUCGAAUUUGCCGUGGGAAUUGAUUCUGCCGAGGGCAUUGCUGCCGAAUUAGUUGGCGCAGGAUUAGUCGACGGAAAAGACAUUGUGGUUAUAGCAGCGAAUUUACAAAAAUUAAUAGACAGUGCCGGACAAUUACGGACUGUUACAUUUUCAUUGAACUCUGGUCAUGCAGCCAACGAAGUACCAGAUGAUAAAGCAUUAAUAGGAUUUGCUCAGAUCUCCAUCACGGAUUAAACAAUUUCGUAAUAUUCUGAAAUCUCAGAAUAAUACUCUUACGUGAUGUAAUUUGAUCACACAGGAGAUAGAACCUACAAGAUCCUAAAAAUAAUACAUCCGGUGACAAAGAACCUUUGAAAAAAAUCUUUACGUCCAUCUUAUGUUCGCGUAACGCAAUAAGACGCAACCCACACAAUUAUUAUCCACGAAGGCUUGCAAAUUAGACAUAUUGUAAUCUCUAAGAGUUAAAACUUCACGUUAUUAAUCUAUAAUGAUUCAUAUUACUUUAAUUUAUGUAAAUAUUAGCGAUCCAGUCUGUUCGUUAAGUUGUUUCUCUUCUUAGUUGUUGGCUGUAAAUUUGAAAGAAUUUGCACACAUCGAAAGAGCAUAGCACUUGAAAUAACGACAGAAAGAACACAUUGGAUGAAAUCAGUUAAGGUGCUUGAAUAUCUCGUUUCUUUAUUUCAUAUAACUUUUUUCCUUUAUUCAACAAAGGAUAUAUAAGAUGCACUAUAAUAUAGUGUCAUUAAAGUCAUUAAGUCCUGUACAAAAUAUCAAUUAUUACAUUUUAAUUAUCAUAUUUGAUGAAGAAUCAAUGAAAUAUUACACAAAGAUUCAAAAGUACUAGAACACAUUUUGUACUUAAUUAAAUAGAAUUACAAUAAUGUAUUCAUAUUCUUAAAGAUUUUAGAUAGAACUGAUUUAAGACUUUUAUUUCUUGAGUCGUUUUUACAAAAGCGAUAUGUGUGUGUGUAUACAUAUACAUAUAUAUAUAUAUACACACACACACGUUAUAUAUACGCAUACGUAUAUAUACAUAUAUGCGCAUCUAUACGUGAGCCUGCCACAAAAUAUAUAAAAUCGGAGUUAUAUGUUAUUUAUGAUUAAAAUUAUUCUGAAUAUAUUAUGGAAUUUUUGUAACAUAAGUUUUAAUAUAGCCAGGCUUGUAUAUAGUAAAGAAGAGAAAUAUGUAAUUAUCAAAUUUUGUUUAUUAUUUCAAGGUUUCUUUUUCACUACGAAAUGUGAACGAAAAAUUGGAAAUAUUUUAGCUUCCACACACGCAAGGCAUAAUAUCAUGUUUGCGAUAAUUAUUAUCUAAAUUAUUUUAUUUCUAUUCGGAAUAUAUAUAUAUAUAUAUAGAGAGAGAAAUCAUUUUACCAAUUCUGAAGUCACGAAUGUAAUACUCUAUUCAUUAAACGGCAGAUGUAUCUUGUAUGCUUAAUAAUUACUAUAGAACAUACGGAAAAAGAGCAUAAUUAUUAGUAAGCCAAAAACAACUAUAAUAAUGAUAAUGAUAAUAGUAAUAAUAAUAAUAAUAAUAAUAAUAAUAAUGAUAAUAAUAAUAAUGUUGUAUAAACUAAAGUAGAAGCGGAAAAAAAUUAGUUAUAUCGAACAUGGCACUAUUUGGUAGUGUUUAGGCUUAUCACGCAUUAUACUUCAGGAUUCGAACAAAAUUUAGUCCGAAUGUUUUAGCGUAACUGUAUUAUCAUGAUACAUGUGCCUUAUUCCCCCCUCCCCCCUUCAAAAAAAAGAAA